AUGGCUGGCAUCAUUUUCGAUGACAUGUUCAGCGUUAAAAGCGUCGAUCCAGAUGGCAAAAAGUUCGAUAGGGUGUCCCGAUACUUUUGUGAUGCAGAGUCAUUCAAAAUGGAACUCAUCAUCGAUAUCAACUCACAAAUCUACCCGUUGAAGCAAAAUGACAAAUUCCGACUUGUCCUAGCUACUACACUUCGGGAAGACGGACUUGCCGACGAGGGAGAAUAUGACCCAAAGGCCGAGUACCCUCGUAUCAAGCAGUAUGAGUACGUGAUGUAUGGAAAAGUUUACCGACUGGAAGAUGAUGACAGUGGAACUGACGGCGGACAACUCGCAGCCUAUGCUUCAUUUGGCGGUCUUCUCAUGCGUCUCAAAGGAGAAGCAAUCAACUUGCACGGGUUCGAAGUGGAUAUGAAUCUAUAUUUACUGAUGAAAAAAACCGAUUUCUAA